AUGUUGCGCUUCCUUGGACUCUCUUCAGCAACUAGCGAUGCCAAGCCAGAGCCUUCACGAAGUCUUCCAGCUUCGUGGUACAGGUCCCCAGAACUCCAUCAGCUCGAGAGAAGAGCAAUUAUAUCGAGAAAGUGGAUCCUGGUGACACAUUCGCUACGCUUCAAGCAGGCGGGCGAGUUCGUCUCCUUCGUCUACGCCGACUUCCCUUUCUUUCUCGUCCAAGACCGCGACGGUAACAUCAACGGCUUCCACAAUGUGUGCCGCCACCGAGCAUACCCUGUCGUCGAGAAGAAGUCCGGCAAGGCGAGCAUUCUGAGCUGCAAGUACCACGGCUGGUCAUAUGGUUUCAAAGGCAAUCUUGCCAAAGCGCCGAGAUUCGAUACGGUAACCGGCUUUGAUAAGAGCCAAAAUGGCCUUCUCCCUAUCCACGUUCGCGUGGAUACCGCUGGCUUCAUCUGGGUUAACCUCCAAGCAGGCGAACCAGAUGUCAAGUGGGAAGACGAGUUUGGCGGUGUCUACCAGAAGCCGCGGAUGCAAAACUUCGACUUUUCCGGGGGCUACAAAUACGACCACGUCUGGGAUAUGGAGCUAGAGGCCAACUGGAAAGCUGUCAUUGAGAAUUACAACGAGUGCUACCAUUGCCCAACAUCACACCCCUUGAUUGCGGGAGUGUCGGACUUGACGAAGUAUCAAGUGAAGCCAAGUGGGGGUUGCUUGGAGCACGAGAUCAUCAAUAAGAAGGCUCAAGACGAAGAAGACGAGUUUCGACGUUCGAUUACAUUCUUUUACCCCUCGACUUCGGUCACAAUCACUCAAAACUUCUUCUACAUCCAGCGAAUGAUCCCGAUCAGCGCGACCAAGACCCGAAUCGAGAACGAGGUGUAUCGCUCGCACAAUUCCUCCGAUGCUGAGUUCGCCGCCAUCAAUGCGUUCUACAAGCAGGUGCUAGAGGAGGACCGAGAUUUGUGCAUUGGCGCACAGGAAAACCUCAGUGCCGGGGUCUUCAUUAGCGGCGAGCUACAUCCAGAAAAAGAGAGGGGCCCCAUUCAUUUCCAAAAUACGGUUAGAGAGGAGGUCAUGAAGCACCGGCAAAGAGAACUCGAGCAAGGAGGCAGGGAAAUUUGGCCAGCCACGCCAAAUCUACUCGGGCAGACGCGCGCAGGGAAAUUGAAUGAAGACGAAGCUUUCUGCUCAGAACUCGAGAAAGCUAAUUGCGGUGGUCGGGAGGAACUAGCCUGGUGA